AUGUCCGGAAUCAGCAAAGCUUGUUGCUCAAUCCCUCCAGUCGUCUCCAAGGGCUACCAGCCUAAGGGAGAGUACAAGACCAUCAAUGGCUUGAAGACUUAUGUUACCGGUCCGGAGGAUGCGUCAAAGGCCAUUCUGGUCGUUUACGACAUCUUCGGAUUCUUCGACCAAACCAUCCAAGGUGCCGACCUGCUCGCCACUUCUGCGGAUCAGAAAUACCGCGUUUUCAUGCCCGACUUCUUCGAGGGAUCCCCAGCCGACAUCUCCUGGUACCCACCCACAACCGACGAGCACAAGGAGAAGCUAGGCGCCUUCUUCUCCAACCAAGCCGCACCCCCAAAGACCCUCUCCAAGAUCCCUUCCGUCGUAUCCGAAAGCAACAAACUAGCCCCCGCCGGCUCUUUCCAGUCAUGGUCGAUCCUGGGUUUCUGCUGGGGUGGCAAGAUUGCUUCCCUCUCAUCUGGCGCCGACAACAAGCUGUUCAAGGCUGCUGUGCAAUGCCACCCCGCUAUGGUUGACGCAAAUGACGCCAAGGCAGUUAACAUUCCCAUGGCAUUGCUUGCCUCUAAGGACGAACCGGUGCAGGAUGUCAAGGACUUCGAGGCUAACCUCAAGGUCCCUAAACAUGUUGAGACUUUCUCUUCUCAGAUCCAUGGUUGGAUGGCUGCCCGAUCGGACCUGGAGAACCCUGAGGUAAAGAAGGAGUACGAGCGCGGAUACAAGACUGUUCUUCAGUUCUUCCAGCAGCACUCGUGA